ACGCUUGCACUAACUUAGAAUCCGAACUAGUACGAAACAAUGAAUUUUGCCCUCCUGCUUGCACUUUGUGCAAUCGCAAGUGUUUCCUCCAACCCAUACAAAGGUUAUAAACUGUACGAGGUAAAAAUCAAGAGCGGCCACGAAGUCCAACUUCUGAUCCAACUGCAGCGCCAUCAGCCGGGCGUGGACUUCUGGGGACUGGACCGUUUGGGGCCGAAACGGUUGCUGGUGCCGCCGAAUGUUCAAAAUUUAACGCAAACCUAUUUCAGCCACUAUCGGCUGAAUUACACCGUCCGUUCGGCGGAUUUCGGAAAGACUUAUGACGCACGCCAGGAUUUUGACUCCCACCUGGAGGAUCAAUCGUUUCUGAAUAGUUACUACACGUACGAGGAGAUCAACGACUAUCUGAUGCAGGUUGCAACGGAAAAUUUCGAAUGGAUUCGGAUUCGCAUAAUUGGUUGGUCCGUUGAAGGCCGCCCAAUCCGGGCGAUAACGAUCAAUCCGAAGAAGAAGGAUACGAUAGUGGUGGAUGCCGGUAUGCACGCCAGGGAAUGGAUCACGGUUUCGACUGCGCUGUUUUUAAUCAAAAAGCUAGUUGAGGAUGGCGAUCAAUAUCGGUUCUUGCAUGAAUACAAAUGGGUUAUUGUUCCAUUGGUGAAUCCCGAUGGGUACAUAUACUCAAUGAAUACCGAUCGAUAUUGGAGGAAGAACCGCAGACGCUUAAAUGACAAAUGCCACGGAGUGGAUCUGAAUCGAAAUUUCGGUUAUGCAUGGGAAGCGGGCGCGGAACUGUUUUCGAAAGAAUGCAGUCCGGCCUUCCGAGGGGCGGCACCGUUUUCCGAGCCGGAAACUAGAGCUCUGCGUAGUGUUUUGGAUAGCAAUGAUGAAGCGAAGCUGUAUAUAAGUCUGCACAGUUUCGGAGGUUACUUUAUUUUCCCCUGGAGUCAUAACACUGCUGCUGUUCAGAAUGCCGCCCGUUUGCGGCAGGUUGGCGUUGGGGCGGCUCGUGCGGUAUGGCAUUACAGUCGGCAUGAAUACAAGGUGGGAUCGAGUGCGGAGGUACUGCGCUAUCAAGCGACCGGAACGAGUAUCGAUUAUGCCUACUCUAUUGGAAUAGAGUUACCGUUCGUUAUGGAAAUCGUCGAACACAAUUACAGUGACUUCCAUCCUCCAACGGCAGCGAUUGACCAGAUCGUGAAAGAAUCCUUUAUUGGCGUGAAGGAGUUGGUUUAUGCCAUGAAAAAUACAAUGAAACCCAAGGACACAGGUAGGAAGGACCAGAGACAAAAUAAAUAUCUCUAAUCGUAACUUGUAACCGUUAUCGCAAUAAAGCAAACAUAAAUUCA